AAGCAGAGGCAUGCGUCCAUAAGAGCAAGCAUCCUCGCUAUCGCACGGAGCAGCAGCGACACCAGAUCUGUGGUUAGGGGGAGAGGAUGCGGAUAGCUGUGACGAACAUUCAGUCACUGAUGCAGCCGCGGUUCUGAUGUGAGGAAGCCAUCCAUGCGCCGCUCUGGUCCUGUAACAGAGGGCUAUCAAGAGUGUCGCUGGACAUUUCAAUGGGUUGUGGAGGCAGCAGGGCUGAUACAAUCGAACCCCGUUACUAUGAGAGUUGGACAAGGGAGACUGAGUCGACAUGGCUUACGAACACCGACACGGAAAUUGGCCAAGCUAUGGCCAGUAAUAACAACAAUCAGCGUGGGAUAUCUGACACCGGCAGCGCAUCAAUUAAACAAUGCACGACAACUUGCUCAGUUAAAGGAGAGGAUGGACGUCCACCUGGGCAGGUGCCCUCUACUGGUGCCCCCAGCAGAGAGAAGAAGAUGGUGAACACAGCCACCCAGUGUGGGAAGCCUCCACUAAAUGCCACAGGCAGUAGUGGAAGCAAAGGCAGACUUGGCCUACUGCACAGAGAGGAGAGUAAACCGAAAGGCAGGAAAUUGUCCUCCAAGGAGGCCGUCGUAUCAAAGAGCGUCCAGCAGAGCUCCUGCCCUGAGGACAACACGUCUGAUGGCAAGUAGGAGGCCGGACGCUGGAUUAUAUCGCCGCUUUCCUGGCCACUGAAACAGAUGAAGGACAGAGUCACCGCUCCUUCCAUUGCCCAGCUGACGUGCACUUGUGCCACCCAACACAUCAUGUAGAGUACAGAUCAGAUGUUUGCUGCACGGGUAGGGCGGGUAGGGAGGGGUUUAAAUGCCUGAACUGCUGGUCCGGUCAAUUGUUACAUUUUCCACUGUCAGAAUCUCCUUCUGUGGGAUCAAGGGACGAUUUGAGAUGUUGAAUUCUGAUAAGCUGUUUGAAAUUGCUGGUUGCUAUUUUGCAUGACAUGGCAGUAUGCGGGGGGUGCACAUUGGGUUAAAUGAUAGGAAGGAAAUGCCUACUGUAAAAUGCUGCAGAGAAAGACAUUGAAAGACGCUCAAGCUCCGCUGUCUUUUACACACAUGCGACGCACAUGCAGUGACUCAAUGUUCCUCAAACCAUUUCACUCUCAGCCUUACCCACUACUUGAAUUUGACUGAAUUAUACAGAUGCCACAUAUAUCCAGUCCUGGUUGCUCUGAGGAAAUCCACUGGCUACUCACUGUAUAGCAGUCCCAUGACAGUGCCUAUGUAUUGCUUAAUAACAUGAUGAGGUGAGUGACUGGAGUUCAGCAGAGUGAGUAAUGUGUGUGUAUGAUAAAGUGCGUAGAGAGACUUACAUGAUCUGAUUUUUGUGUUUAGCAGUGUGUAUGUCAUUGUGUUGCUGUAAAUUAUAAAGAUUAAUGUAAACGGUGAUGCUGUAUUAAAAUACAA